AUGAUUGACGAUGACAUCCCACCUCCAGAGACAUAUAUGGCGGUCCCAAGUGCGCUUCAUCUCCGCAGUGCAGGGAAAUCUCCCACAGGGAUGUUUGGAUUCUCAGUGAAUACUCGCUUUGGCAACCUGACACAACCCAAUGGCUGGGAAUCUUCCUGGGAAGUAUGGUGGACGACUCACAUGAAGUUCCUGUUGCAAAGGAAAAGAGUCAUUCGCGGCGCCUACGCCGCCGAAGAUGAGACAACAUUGAAUUUCUUUCUGGAUACAGUGCUUCCUCGUUACUUGCGUCCCUUGGAGACAGAAGGCCGCUCUAUUAAACCAACACUCUGCCACACAGAUCUCUGGCCUGGAAACGUCAAGUACAAGCUGGACAACGAAACCAUCAUUGUAUACGACGCAAACGCCCUAUGGGCCCAUAACGAAAUUGAGUUGGCCCCAUUCCGCAACCCAAGAUAUCCACUUGGGAAGGCAUACUUUCGAGAGUACUGGAAGCAUGUACCAAUUUCCGAACCUGAAGAAGAUGCCGACAGCCGCAUAAUCAUCUACCUGAUCCGCCAUCAGGUCUGCCUCGCCAGCCUAUACCCCAAUGAGCUGAAGUUGAGAGAUGCAUUCCUCAGCAAUAUGCGUCUUCUAGGUGAUAGGGUUAAAGACAAGAGUCAAGAAAGAAAGGAUGUUGAGAGAGCCCAGGUUUCCUUUGAGUCCCAGAUCGCUGCACCAGUUCCAGUUGGUUUGGUGUAG